UACCAACUGGGGGAGGUACAGGCUGGGGUACCAACUGGGGAGGUACAGGCUGGGGUAAUAGAAAUAGAUAGCAAUAGAAAUGGUAAUAGUAUAGAAAGAAGAGGGAAGCGAAGCCCUUCAGGUUAGGUACUUGGACACUACUCUUCCUUAUUUAUGUAAAUGUUCUGAAAGCGAACACGGCAAUGUUUACAGACGACACGAUAAUAUUUACAGACAACAUGGCAUUGUUUACACACGAUAUGACAUUGUUUACAAACAACAUGGCAGUAUUUACAGACGAUAAAAUAAUGAACAGAAGAGUGUCUCUCAAUAAUUCAAAAAACAAGAAAAUCCGAAAUGUCGUCAUUUUCUAAGGCAAGAAUGCGUAUACCAGUGUCACUGAAGGUUGACAGUGAGGGAUUCCCGAAGCCCGCGGCCAGUAAGGGUGACAUCACCAGACAAGACCAGAGGGACGAGGAGAAUGGAGAGAUACUGAAGGAGAGAGUCAUAACCCUCAGAAGAGGUCACAGAGCUGCUGCUCUUCAUAGCCUCUGCUCUAGGACCAACGUGACCCAGCCGUAUCACUUGCUGGAAGACCACAAGCGAAUUGGAUGCUUCCGGAUACAGGACUUCACUGAUAACAAUGGGAAAUGGAAACUCAGGUGUGGGGAUAUGAAGUAUCUGCGACCUCCUGAUGGGUUCAAGAGUCGUAGUUUCCAGACGUGCCUUAAGCUGGAGGGAGGAGUGCCGGUGAGUUAUACCACGACUCGCAAGACCUUCCUUGGGCCUUCUAUGGACAUCUUAUCUACUGAGAACUGCAGAAGAAACCAAAUAUUCCGUGUGCCUGUCGAAAGCCUUCCUCAGAAUCAGACCGAAAAGCCCCUGAGAGACCCAGAAGCCUUUUGUGUAAACAUCUGGGAGGAAUUCCUGUUUGGGAAAUCUAUACUGGGCGACAAUAAAGAAGAAGAUGUUGAUGAAGACUCCGGUCCUCUGGGGAAACUUCACGUAUUCUUAAGACGAUAUAUGUCAACGUCAUGUAUAAACAUUCUGACGUACGCAAUAUAUUUCGUUAUAUACUUUGCGUCGUGUUGUUCCUACAACAUGUUCUGGCAACUUGGAACGUACAUUCUCCUGGCUAGUCACUUGCAGAUCCACGAGCGGGCGUACGACAAGAAAAUAAAGCUAGAAUUCACAGGGAGCAGCUUCCAGGGGCCGGCGUACGUAUUCGUCAGGUCGUGGUGCCAACAUUGUAUUCAGAGAGAUACACAAAAAGUAAUGAUGAGUUUGAUGAAGAAGAUGAAAGCUGAUAUAAAUGCCUCCGCUUACAGGUAGUUAAUUUACAACCUUUACUCGACCGGAUUCUUAAAUGUAUUCGAAUCAAAGCAAGGAGAUAUUGUACCUCAUCUUUUGUAAUCACAUUACGAUGUGCAUGUUCUGUAAUUAUAUAAUAUGGAUGAAAAACUACGACAGAGAAAUAAAAAGAAGAUAAAUGA